UAUGCUUAUGAUGCAUCCGGUUGUAGCGAAGGGAGAUGCAAAUAGGCUAGAAAGGUAUUGAGGGAAUCAGGGCAUAUUCACCCAGCGACCGGUGGGGCAAGAGCAGCACCAGAUGCUACCGAUGAACAACUGGCACGAUGGACGCAUUUGCCAUUCGUCUGGCGUUUAUCGCUCAGCUUCGCAAGCUCAACGCAUCACAGCAGUCGAUCAACAAAGUGCUUGCGCUCGCUGUACGGCAUGCAGCCACAAGCAGCGAUGAUAUAUGGUCUUGCAUCAUGCAAGAAUGUCGCAAGGCAUCUCUCAAUGCUCGCGUAAACAUCUUCUUCCUCCUCGAUGCGCUGUUCACUGACGAGUCAUUCUCGGACUUGGCCCUGGCCAACACGUACUAUCUGCCUUAUGCACGGAAGGAUCUCAAGUCAGUUGUCGAUAUGGUUGUUCCCAAGGAAGCGCUCACGAUGUCAGACGGUACGGUCGUCAACCGUGAGGGCGCUGGAAUCAGACUAAAUGCAGGUAACGUGCUGCCAAUCCUGGCUGGGUGGAAGAUACGUCAAGUAUUUCCGACGGAGCUGCUUGAGAGCAUGGAGCAGGAGUUGCGCGAACGCAAACAGAAGCUGCGCACUCAAGGGCCGCUUCCUGAUGAAACGUCGAAGCCGGAGGGCUUCAGCCGGAACGAUGUGCUCCGUAGAAUCGAAGAGGACCGGGAACGGCAUAAGCGACUACGCGAGCGCGGCUGGAUCCUGCCCCCGAAAGUGUUCAGCGUUCCCAACGCGCAGAGUCUGCAUGCGAGUAGGGCUCGCGCUGCCAAGGGUGCAGACGAUGCUCCCGUGAGUGCUUCAUGGACUCCUGCCUCACCUCGCGACUCUUCAAUCGCAUCAACCCCGCGAACACCAUGUGCGGCUGUGUCCACGUCAAUUGCCACCACAACGACUUCCGUCGUUGGGCCUGUUCAGCAACUCGACCCGAUUAGCAUCGAAUUUGAUCAGGUGUGGGAGACCGCAUCGGACCUCAACGCGGAUGACCUGGACAAGCUGACCGACGAGCACAGGCUCUGGUGGGGGUCCGAGGCGAAUGCGGAAGCAUUUCUGCAGCAACAAGAAGAGAUGGACCGCGAGCGGUUGCGAGAGUGGGAGGAACAGCAAGCACAACUGGCCAAGGAGGCAGAAGCGGCUGAAGAGCAGCAGCGAGCCGCGGCAUGGGGUACGCAUCGAGCUCCCGCGCGUAACCGUGAGCGGGAGCGAGAACGCGAACGAGGAGGUCGCGAGCGCGACCACGACAUCGCGCGCCAUGGAGGCAGGCAAGGGAGAGAAGCGAUGAGUGGUGCUGCGUGUGAUGCGAGGAGUCGCUUUGACCACAGGGACCGAGCGGUGCAGGACCAUAGGGAUCACAAGCGCACACGCAGCGCGCUCGAUGAUGAGCGCCACAGAGACCAGGACCGGGACCAGGACCGAUCUAGGGACAGACAAGGGGCCAGACAUCAAGUUACAGACGGAGACGUAGUGAUUGGCAGCAGCAGCAGCGGAAGCAGCAGGCGAGAAUCCUUCGACAGGCGAGAUGCACAGCACCGAUUGCACACACCUUCGCCCCCACCACCCCCGACGACCGGAUCAAGAACAUAUUCGCGGUACGACGAGUCAUCCGCGAGAGAUCCGCUGCGCACUUGGUCGUCUCGUGCGACACCCAGCAGACAGCAUCCUUCCUCCUCAUCCAGCAGACCCCUGUCGAGCAGCUCGAGAGCACCUGCGGGACCAGGAGCCGGACCGGGCCUGCCGCCAUCGCCGCCACGGCGACCGCUACAGGUAGCCCCAGAGAUGUCAUCGAGAGCUUCUGCGCAUGGGCAUCGCAGCGAGCGCGACGCUGGCCGCGACUACGGCGAGCACGAGUCAGGGCGUACGCGCGGGCGACAGCACGAGCCCGGGCGAGAUACGUGGCGCCAUGACCGCGCUCGUGAUUAUCGCGAGCGCGACCAACAGCGGGAGCGCGAUCGCACCCUUCCCAAGCGGGAAGCCGAUGGGGGCGGUGACAGGGAAAGAGACGAGCGUGACUAUUAUUACGAGCGGCGCGAUCGCCAUGAGCGGGAAGACGUGCGACCGCGCAGAGCGUAGGCGGUCUCUGUGAGGUUCCGCCGUGUAUGCUUGUAGCAGAUC